GGAGGAGGGGGGGGGGCGUACAAAAGGAAAGUCUGUGUGCCGAGCCUCACAAAGCCCCUCCCUGCCUCUGUUCUCCCCCCACAGAUGAGCCGGGCGAGCGACAGAGCGAGAGAGAGAGAGAGCAGCUGGACGGACGCAGAGCUUCAGCGGAGAGGAGGACGGAGCAUGAAGCGGCAGCUGGAGAUCUGAACACGGGUCGCAAUGGGAAACGCAGACAGUCACAGCAGCGUCGCGCCUCCCGUCAAACCCUGCGGCGCGCUCAGGUUCUCCACCAAGAAGGAGGAGGUGCCGUCCGCCCGCGGCUGGUGGCGGAGCAGCCAUAGCGGCGGGAGGAGCUCCUGGCAUUACCAGUGUGCCGCCGGAGGAGCCUCCAAGCAGAGCGCCGUCCCUCCGGCGUUCAGCCAGGCCGGGUGGACGCCCGCCGGCCGCAGGAGCCCCUUCGGAUUUCAGGGGACCAGCGGGGAUCAGGCGUCCCUGCAGUGCGGCGGCAGUCCCAAGGUUCUGCUCAGCAAAGAUGGCAGCAUGAGGGUGGAGUUCACCAAAGCCAGGGUGCGUCCUGUGGAGUCGCAGGGGCCGCCUCCCUCCGCCGCCGCCGUCCUCCCAGAGUCCUCGCACCGCACCAGCAAGGGCAGCUCGCUCAGCUCCGACGGGUCCUGGUACGACUCGCCGUGGGGCGCCGCCUGCGAGCUGACCGACAGCGUGUUCGUCUGCGGGCAGAGCGUCGACGCCAGCAGCGGCUACAACACCUGCUCCUCCGCCCAGGUGGAGGACGGCUCACCUGGAUUUGGCUCCGCCCUCCUGUUCCCCGCGGCGGAGAACGCCAAAGGCCACAACAGCUGCUCCUCCGGCCGCACCGAGGACAGCGGCAUCGGCGACUCCGUCAUCCUUCAGCCGGACCUCCAUGAACUCGCCUCGCCGUCCGACUUCCGCAGCGGACGCACCCCGCUUCCAGCCUUCCCCACCCCGCCUGGCCCUUUCCCGCAGGAGCCACCAGCGUCCGCCUCAGCGAUGGUCGACCAGCAGGAGGCGCCGUCCUCCGGAGGCGUCGGGGCGCGGUACGCCUCGCACACGCUGCCCAGCCGUAAAGCCGAGCCUGUGAGCGCCGGCUCCUCCGGGAACAACCGCAAAGACUUCCUGAAGAGUCGGAUCCGGCAGCUGAGCGACUGGACGGGCAGUUUGAGCCGCAAGAAGCGGAGGAUCCAGGAGCCGCAAGGCAGCGAAACGUCCGGCGUCUUCGGCGGCGGCGGCGGCCUGAAGGGCAGCGCUCCCUGGACCUCCAACCCGCUCCUCCAGCUGAGCCAGAACCACUGGGACUUCUCCAGGAGCCUGAAUCAGAUCCAGAGCGGCGACGCUCAGCGGCAGAACGUCUACAGGAGCUUCAUGCAGGAGCUGGAGACGGGCGGCACGGCCGAGCCGUCCGAUGAGGAGGAGGAGGAGGACGACGGAGAGGAGGAGAUGGACGAGGAGGCGGGAGGAGAGCUGGAUGCUCUGCUGGAGAAAGAUCAGGGCGUGGUGCGGCGAGCGGGAUGGCUCCACUUCAAAGCUCUCAUCACCGUCAACAAGGACAGGAAGCUGGAGCUCGUCGCCCGCCGGCAGUGGAGGCGCUACUGGGUCACGCUCAAAGGCUGCAGUCUGCUGUUUUACGCCACGUUUGGCCGGAGCGGCGGCGGGGAGCCGGAGCUUUCCCCUCGCUACGCUCUGCUGGCAGACGACAGCAUCGUCCAGGCCGUGCCGGAGCAUCCUCGCCGGGAGCACGUCUUCUGUCUGAGCAACUCGCACGGAGACGUCUACAUGUUCCAGGCCACCAACCAGACGGACCUGGAGAACUGGGUGACUGCCAUCCACUCGGCUAGCGCCGCCCUGCUGGCCAGGCGCCAGGGGAGGGAGGACACGCUGCGGCUGCUGCGCUGCCAGAGCCACUCGCUGCUGCACAAGAUCGACAUGGACGGGAAGAUGAAGAAGAUGGCCGAGCUGCAGCUGUCCAUCAUCAAGGACCAGAAGAACCGGAGGGCGGUGGAGAGCCAGAUCCAGCAGUGGGAGCAGAACCUGGAGAAGCUCAACCUGGAUCUGUUCCGGCUCAGGUGUUACCUGUCCAGCCUGCAGGGCUCCGAGCUGCCGAACCCGAAGAGCCUCCUGGCCGUGGCCAGCCGUCCGGCCAAGAGCACGCUGGGUCGGCUGGGAGUCUUCUCCGUGUCCUCCUUCCACGCUCUGGUGUGCAGCCGGGAGGACGGGACCCUGCGGCGGCGCUGUAGGCCGGUACCAGGAGGAUCAGGCCGGAGGAGAGGGCUGCCGUCGUCCCUGAAGGCGAUAACCAGCCGGAGCCGAGACGAGAAGCGCUCAGAGCACCAGGCUCUCCGCCGUCGCGUCUCUGCGCCGCCCGCCCAGCUCGCUCCUGCUGUCUGCUGGUCAGAGGCCGUGACCUCUGCAUCCAAGCACAGGGAGGUGCUGCCCUCUGCAGGACAUGUGGCGGAACUGCAGCGGCGUGAGGAGCAGCAUCCUUCUACCAGCGCCGUCUUCACCCUGAUCGUCUGUCGACCCAACACGGACCAGGACUUUGGUUUCGCGGUGACGGGUCACGUGGACGGAGCGGGUCAAAGUCACGUGUUCGUCAGUGAGGUUGACCCGCUGGGGCUGUCGGCCAGAGAAGGCCUCCUGGCCGGAGACGAGGUCCUGGCAGUGAACGGGUCGGCUGUGUCCGGACUGGACCUGGACCUCCUACAGACGCUCUUCAAACACCAGAGGCUCCAGCUGCUGCUGAGCAGAGACGAGCGGCCCGACCUGGAGGAGCCCACCGUCGUCUGGCCUGACCCAACCGACCCGGCAGAACUCUGGGUCAAACGCUCGGCUCCCACCGACCUGCACACCUGGACCGCAGAUGCCCCGCCUCCUGCUGGUGGCGACACGCCCAUGACGCCGGUGCAGGACACACCUGAACAGAAUGCAGAACGGGUCUUUUCCCGGUACCAGACCUUCACAGACAGCGGAGCGUCAGACGUGGACGUUCCUACGAACCCGUACAGCAGAGACGGCUGUCUGCAGCCGGCGAGCCCCGCCCACCUCAGCGUUUGUCAGCGCCUGCGGAAAGUCAUCCAGGAGCUGGUCGACACGGAGAAAUCCUACGUCAAGGAUCUGGUGUGUCUGUUCGACCUCUACCUGACGCCGCUGCAGAGCGAGACGUUCCUCAGUAAAGACGAGAUGGAGGCGCUGUUCGGCAGUCUGCCGGAGAUGUUGGACUUCCAGAGAGUUUUCCUCCAGACGCUGGAGGAGAGAAUCGCCGCCUGUCCAGACUUCAGCAGUUUGGAAACGCCUCAACAGUUUAAGAUGCUCCUCUUCUCAUUGGGUGGAUCCUUUCUUUAUUACGCCGACCACUUCAAGCUGUACAGCGGCUUCUGUGCCAACCACAUCAAGGUCCAGAAGGUUCUGGAAAGAGCAAAAACAGACGCGGCCUUCAAGCACUUCCUGGAGACGAGGAAUCCGACCAAUCAACACUCGUCUUCUCUGGAGUCAUUCCUCAUCAAACCUGUUCAGAGAGUCCUGAAGUACCCACUGCUGCUGAGAGAGCUGGUGUCCCUGACUGAUGCCGAGAGCACCGAACACACACACCUGACAGAGGCGCUGAGAGCGAUGGAGAAGGUAGCGAGCCACAUCAAUGAGAUGCAGAAGAUCUACGAGGAUUACGGCUGCGUGUUUGACCAGCUGGUAGCGGAGCAGAGUGGCGCUGACAAACAGGUAACAGAGAUCUCCAUGGGAGAGUUUCUGGUCCACUCGUCGGUGGUCUGGCUGAACCCUCAGCCAUGUCUGCGGCGCCUGAGGAAGGAGCCUCAGCUCACGCUGUUUGUGUUCAAACGAGCCGUCAUCCUGGUCCACCGAGACAACAAGCUGAAGAAGAGGAUGACCAGCUCCCGCUCAGCCGAUCUGGACCCCUUCAGGUUCCGCUGGUUAAUCCCAGUUUCAGCCCUUCAGAUGCGACCGGCCAACAUCCCGGGUUCAGAGGACCUGUGUGUGUGGGAGCUGGUUCACAGCAGGUCGGAGCUGGAGGGUCGACCGGAGACCGUCUUCCAGCUGUGCAGCAGGGAUUUGGAGACCAAGACCGCUUUGCUACGCGCUCUGAGCUCCCUCCUCAAAGACCGAGCUCCUGGCGGCUCUCUGAGGAGAACCAAGCAGUCCACAGCUGAGAGGAGCGGCACCUGGAGGAGGCGGCAUCGACAAGGCUGCUCCGACCUCCAGAGAACCGCCGCUCAUCCGUCAGCGGAGAGCUGCAGACCAGACGGCACCCUGGAGGAAACCUGCUCAGAGCCUCUCCUGCCGCGCCGUGCCGGAUUGUCGGGGGUGAGGCCCCGGCUCUGCUCCCUGACCGGCGAGCUGGAGGCUCAGCUGCAGCGCCUCAACUUCUCCGAGGAGGCUGAAAGGUCGACACAUGGCGUGGACCAGGAGCAGAGGCGCAGCUCGAGUCUGCGACGCGGUGUUGGAGGAGACGGGCUGGACUUCAGCAACUUUGUGGGGAGAGACUUCAGCGUGCAGAGCAUGACAUCCAUGAUCAACGAGGACUGCUUCUACGACCCGGCGCUGGGGAUCCAGACAGACGUUGAGCUGCUGACAUGAGUCCGCGGUCCUGAUGAGGGAACGGGUCGAGCAGGUCCAGCACGUCACUCCUUCAUCUCUUUAGGAUUUCUGCCAGCCUUCUGAUUGGCUGCGACAGGCCUCCCCCUGAUUUAAGCAGAAACCAGCAGACGUUUCCAGGCGCUGAAGCUCAACAAGGUCCUGAAUUCACAGACCAGGAAUUUUCAUCCAACGGGAUCGGAUCUGCUUUGCUUUCCUUUGGUGUGGAAAAAGUUUAACGUCACAUGGAGCGGAGACGAUUGUAAACAGUAAAGAACCCCACAGAUAAACUUGUUUUUAUAGACGACGGAAAUAAUUUAGCCACAAUAAAAUUUUACUGAAUUUAACAAAACAGAAGUUCUGUUGGUGUGAAAAAGAAAAAUCCUCAUAGCCUAAUAUCAACAUACAUUUCUUAAAGAUCUAUUAAAAAUUACAUUUAUAUCAAUAAUAUUUAGUUUUUGUUGUAAAAAUUAUUUUGAAAUUUGAAGCUCGAUUAGAUCUGGCACAAAAAGUACAGAUUUUAAAACUUUCUUUUAAUGUAGUAGUUAAUGAAACCGAAAGUUUUUUCUUCCCGAAGCUGUUCAGCCAUUAACGUCGCAGGUUUUAGCUUCAAUUUUUAUCAACAAAUUUCCCUUGUUAGAAAUUCAUGAUUCGGUUCGUAAAGUGAUAUUGUUAGGAAUAUUUUAUAUUGGUAAAAUAUUAAAGUUUUAGAUAUUUAGCUCCUGUCACAGUUUUUUAUAUGAAAUUAUUUAUUCAUAAAAUAUUUAUCUUUUAUGAUUUUAAAGGGCAAAUAUCAUAAUUUUUACCAUUUUGUUUCUUAUUUUAUUUAACUUAAUUUGCUUAGGAAACCUAAAUCAAAAGCAAUUAAUGAUUUAUUUAUGUUACAGGUUUUUUUUAUUUUAUAUAUGAUGAUAAUUGCACUUCAUGAAAACAUUGCAGAAAUUAAAUUUUAAAAACAAAUGAACCAGAACAGGAAAAUGUAUGUUUUUUUUUUUUUUUUUUACCUCAAAGACAAACUGGAAACCACUUAAACAUUUUUCUUUCUUUCCUGAUUUAUUUAUUUUUUAUCCUGGAAGGUGGAGAUUAAAUGAGAAGCGUAGAGAUGAUGGAGUUGAGCUUCAUUUGGAUCACAGGAAAGCUUUUAUUUUCCCGUUUUUUUUAAUUCACUUAAAUGACUGAACAGAAUCACCAAGUGAAACUAGCUGAAUGCUGGUGUUUGGAUCCAGAAUUUGUUUAAUAUUUUAUAAAUUGCUGUGUUGUAAAUAUCCUUCUGUGUACAGUUUAAGCUCCAGCUGGAAAUAUUCUUUCGACAAAAGCAGUUUCUAGAUGGAAAAAUCCAGAACCGCUGCAUCAUAUUGAAGCUUUUUGUACGUCUGCCACCAUCUCUUAAUGUAUUUAUAUGUUUUUUAUACUGUGUUUAUUUCUACUGAAAGGCGACUGUUUCGUUAUGAAAUGAAAAAUUCAGUUUGUUUGAGGAACUGUCAAAGACUUUGGUAAUUUAUUUUCUUAAAUAUUUGCGUAUUUCUGUAAAUCAGGUGCUGAUAAACACCUGCAAAAUAUUUCAUUAAAGGCGUUUUUGACGCAGCGUU